UUCUUCCUCCUCCUCCCAAGCAAAAAUGCGGAAUUGAGCACGCCUGACAGGCAGACAGCGCAACGCCUCGACUCUGUUGCUCCCCUGCUCAUGCAUCGCAGCGAAUCCCUGCAGGUGCCAAAUAUCUUUUCGAUUAUCGUCUUUUAAUAUUCUUUUCUGUUCUGGUGCAGGCAGUCUUUUCAUUGUCGCAAGUGCGGGCCAGCAUAGUUGACGUGACGUGUGCUUCUCUGUUUUGGCCGCCCGUGGCAAUGGACUCGACCCACGGUAAGAAAGAUCCACUGGCGCUCGCCAAGACCAGAAAGAGGCCUCGGUCGCGAGGCUCGACAGCAUCGAUUCACAGCGCCACCACGCAGCCAAACAUCGAGCACAGCUUCGGAGAGUCCGCUGAGGUGUUCCCCACGCCGUGGCUGUCGAACGACCCUAGCCACCCCCGCGACCUCCCAAAUGGCUCGAGCCAGAUGACGCCCGAAGAUCUGUUGUUAGCAUCUCAGCUGCAGCAAAGCCGCGAGUAUACGAUGGACCCUCCAGUAAAUGCGCCCAUGCAGAGCGUCUCGUUCCACCACCACAGCCAUAGCAUGAGCCGCCAGUCGUUGUCCGCCGACUCGUUCGCUGGAAACACCAGCUUUGCCGACGAUAGCCAAAUGCUGGAUCGCGACGGGAAUGACGACGGAGACUCGUUCCACGGGAUGUCGCUACCACUCAAACCAGGCUCGCGGUCGAAUGCCAACAAUGAGAUGGAGAUGCGGCAGCUUUUUCACGCCAAUAAGCACCGUACUCUCCAGGAUGUCGCCCAGGAGUUGAUUGGAAACGAGCGAGGGCCGAACUCGGAGCGCGCGCGCCAGAUCUUCGCGAUGCUUUGGAUAAACCAAACCUGCUCCACCGGCAACGGCUCUGUCCCGCGAGGACGGGUCUAUGCCAACUAUGCAUCGAGAUGCGCCUCCGAGAGGAUCACUGUUCUGAAUCCCGCGAGCUUCGGCAAGCUCGUGCGGGUUCUUUUUCCCGGUCUGAAAACGCGACGCCUAGGUGUUCGCGGGGAGUCCAAGUAUCACUAUGUCAAUUUCCAGGUGAAGGAAGAGCAGCCAGAUGUUCGAGGCGGCAACAGUCAACCUGCCGUACCACUCGGAGAGGACCCUUCUUCGUCGAAGAAUUUCGAUGCCCUCCCGAACCACUCCGCGUCGAUGGAGUCAGAGAGAACGCCGUUCUCUACUCUACCGCCAGCCCAACAACAACCUGGGCCGCAAGCCAAGCGAUCACACGAAUUCCAGCACAGCCUCUACAACCUACACCAGGUGGGGAGCUUCGAUCAGUUGCAGACGACGACAGGAAAGACACCCCAGCAACUGCGUUUCUCAACCGAAUCCGGCGAGAGCUUCAAACAAUCGGAGCCGGUCAUCCUUCCGGAUAUCGAGCCCUACCUCCCCAGCGGCACGGAUCCCGACGCGGCCAAGUCCCUCGUUGCGUUGUAUCGGUCGUACUGUACAUCUCUUGUAGAGUGCAUCCGAUACUGCAAGGAGAAGACCUUUUUCCACCUCUUUACAUCAUUCCAAGGCACUCUCACGAUGCCAGUACAGAAGCUGUUCGCCAACCCAGCCAUUGCGCCCUGGAUCGAGGAGUGCGACUUCAUUCUGUACCAGCGGAUGAUGCGCAUUGUUUCAGGCCUGAUCCUCCAGGUCUUGCCGAAGCCGGUGCUCGAAACACUACGCAACAUCUCGGAGCGACUUGUCCCCCAUAUCCGCGAUUCGUUCCAAGGACAGCCUCCACACGUUGUCAGGGCUAAAGAGGCGCCCGCUACGAUCUUUGCUGGGUUGCUCGACAGGGCCUUGCGCGUGAACCUUGCAGCACACGCCGCCGCAAACAUGCUCGCGAAUCCGGCAAAUCGCGACCUGAUGUACAUGGAGUGGAUUACGAUUAUCAAUGUGCGAAAGAUCGCCGAGGCGGUGCCGUCCCGUGGCAUGGACGACGUCGUCAACGUCCUGAUAAACGAAAUGCGCGACCUCAUCGACCCCGUCAACAUUCCGUGGGAGCUCGAGUGUCUAACAGUGUAUGGCGAAGUUGCGAUGCGUAACGGGCGGCAACCGCAGGAGGGGAGCAAUGACGAAUCCGAUUCGUCCAAGUUACUGGAUCGCUGGGUCAACUUCUUGCGCACCCUUCCCGGCCGGUUUCCGUAUGCUUCGGCUACAGACCUUGUCUGGUGUGUUCAGAGGGUGGGGACGGUUCUGAUGAGGGACCUCACGAUCUCGGGAGCAAAGAGCUUCGGGUCGUGGUGGGUAACAAAGUGCUGGAUAGAUGAGAUGAUCCAGUUCAUGGCGGAACAUGGCGGUUUCAUGCAGCAAAAAUCGACCCAGAGCCAGCUCGUCGUUCCGAAGCGGCAGGCGGCCAACAGCGGACUAGGCCACCAAGGAUCGGGGUCUCGGUACAGCAGCGCUAGCGACGAUUUCAACCUAACCCGCAUGGCGGAGCCACAACCAGAUCGGGCACCGUUCCCGUCCGGGCCGGCAGCGAACAAUCAGCAGGCGAGUCACGACGAUAGUGGAAUCGGGAUUCGGACACCAGAUGAAGACUUGCCCGGAGAGAAGUUUAGUCUCACUCCGGCCACAACCCAAGACCUGUUUACCGGCGCAGAGUUGCAGGACCAUCUCGGGGAAAUAUAGACAGACCCUUUCGCCUCGGCGCCAAUCUUGGGCGGUCGGAGGAUUUCACUCAGGAUGUGUUAUUACGGGUUGGAGGUUCGGCGUCAUAUUGGGGGGAAGUGUUUGGUCUCCCGGGCCACGAUGGGACGAUGGGAUGACUUCCACAGUUGGGCUAGCGGAUUGCUGUUGCUCUUGAGGGC